AUGGCAAAUAUUAGUAAAGCAGCAAGUAAAUUUGGUGCCACCGUUGGCUUAACUGGCGCACCCGUCUUUACUCAAUCAAAAAAUAUCAUUGAUUUAAUUGUGGAUGACCAUAAAUAUGCCAAGUCAUUGUAUGAAAAAUUCAAGACUACUCCCAACGUAAAUGAAAAAAUCGACAUUCGCAACACCUUAGUGAAAACAUUAGUUCAGCACGACGAGUGCGAGCAGCUUUUGGUGUAUCCUUUAUUGAGAGAAAAAGUAGGCGGUCCCGAAGGUGAAGAGCAAUACAGACGAAGCUUGCAAGAGCACCAAGAACUACGCCACUUGAUGUAUGCGGUUAAAUACACUGAUUUGAAGGCCAAUCCUAAAGAAUUUCAUUCCAAGAUAACCGCCGCCAUGGAUUACUUGUUCCAUCAUAUUGAGCAAGAAGAAAACGAAGUAUUACCAUUAUUGAGGAAGCAUGUAUCUGAAGAGGAAUUAAAGAAAGUGGGCGCUUCUUUCAAUGCCCAUAAGCCUACUGCUGCUACGAGACCUCAUCCAAAUGCUCCCGCGCAAGGCUUCCCAGCUGCUGUCGCUAACGUGCUUACCAAGCCAAUCGACAAAGCUAGAGACCUAUUGGAAGGAGUGCAAUAA